ACUUCCGAAGGAUUUACAAGGAGACCUGCAGCUGCACGAUGAAAUCUUUUCUGGCCAUUCUACUUUUUGCCCCCUUCAUCGUUAGCCUUCAUGCCAAUGAUCUUGACGAGUACCUUUUUGAUGCCGAAGUAGACGGUGAGAUUCCUGAUCGACACCCAAUUGUGCAAUGCAGCAUCGACUUGUAUGACUGUCUUAACCUUGGAGAAAAGGGCAAAUUCGAAUGUUUAAAAGAUUACAAAACCUGCAUGUCCGUGCUGAUACCAACAGCCCCACCACCAUUUUUGCAAUGCAAAAUAGAUCUAUUGAAGUGUGUCAAACAGGGAAACAAGGAUAAACUCGAAUGUCUCAAGGAUUACAAAACCUGCAUUUCGGCGCUGAUGCCGACAGUGCCUCCAUACGUGGAAACCUGUUUUAACAACGCCAUACAGUGCGUGAAAGAUAAGAAAAACUUAGCAAUGAAAGCUGGGUGUCUCAAGGAACUUUUCGUGUGUAUAAAAGACAAAGGGCCCGAAGAAGUUGUAUUCGAUGCGAUCGAAGACAUGGGACAGAUGGAAAACUCGAACGGUUUCAGAAAAUGCCAAAAAGAUUUAUACCAAUGCUUCAAGGACGAAAACGACGGAAAGAUAUGUUCAGCUAAUUACAAAGCAUGUAUGGAGGCACUGAUACCGGCAUAUGUGAAAAAGUGCUAUGCCGAGGCUAAGGAGUGUUUUGGCGAUGCUCAGUCUCUUAAAGAAAAGUUCAACUGCGCUAAACAACUCGGAAAAUGUCUCCAAAAUGGUGCACCAACUACUUCUCCACCAUUACCAACCGAAAAAUGAUUUGAAUUGUGCUGGACAUAACUGGAAGUAGAUGUACUUAAUUAGAGUACAAAUAUAAGAA